AUGGUUGGCGGCCAGAGACGCCGCAACACGCGCCGUUCCAACGCACCGCGCUCCAACACUACCCCCAAUCUCGGUCUUGACUCAUUCGCUGGGAGGGAGAAUGCGAGUGGUGUCACCGCAGCACAGCAUACGGAUCAAGUUGAACACUCUCAUGUUUCACCUCCUUCUGCGCCCUCGAAUCCUAUGGUCAACUCCUACGCACACGACAGUGGCCCUCCAGGCGACCGUCAUCGCCCUCUCCCAGCGCGCCCAUCCGAUGGCUUUUCGAAUAUGCCGGCCGCCCAUUCGCCUACACCCACAACAGGAAGCGCAUCAACAGCAGCGACUGAGGGUAAGAAGAGGCAUGGCAAAUUCGGCCGCAAGGCAAAGGACCAAGACCGCCCGAGCAGCUCCCAUGAGCCUACUCCCCAGCUGUCGCCUCUACCGCCGUUGACGCCUAUCAAGGCUGCACUGUUGCUGGGCGUGGACCCUGGACCUAGCCCUGGUAGACCCCGGAGUACCUCUGUAGGCCGUCCAGCCCAGAACGAUGGCGGCUACGAUAGCCUACCGAUACGCCCGAUAUCGACAAGGCGAGGCUCUAUGUCGGCAAUAACCACUCAGAAGAGCGCGUCGGACAGACAGACGAGAUUCACGGAAGAGGGCCUUGACAUGGAGCCAUCAAAGCCCAAGGGCUUCUGGGGCAACACUAACCGGAAAGCUCAGCGAAUGUUAGGCUUACUCCCAUCUGCACCAUCUCAUGCUAGCCGUGAAGCCGACAUGGGGCGCGUCGCAGCUGUUUCUCUAGCGUGGCGUCCAGAAGAACAUACUGAUACAUACCGUAGUAGCGACGCCGAACGCCAUGGCCAGUUCCGUUCGCUCCCACCAGUUCCGCCCGUUGUUCCCGAAGCUCCGAGAAGACGUAUGCGCAAGAAGCUUCCUAAGGAGCUCGAGAGGAUGGCACCCAUUACAGAGACGUCGCACGAUGAGCUUCGCACUUCCUACAAAAUCAGCGAACAUGAUCCUGAGCUGAACGAUAUCUCUGAGUACGCAAAAUCUCCUUCCAAGGCACCGCUAUCUCGGUUGCAUAAUGAGUCACUGCUCACAACAGAUGUCAGGUACGAGUUGGAAGAGGACGACCUCUCAAUCACAGACGAAGUCAUUGAUGAGGCGGCUCAAGACGAACAAGAAGACUUCGCGGCCCAUCCUGGUAACGAGGUUGACGUCAAGAAUGGCGCAAUUCUGCAAUCUACGGUGUUCCGCCUCCGCGGCCCACUGCAAACGGUUGAAGACCGUUUGCUCGACGUAGCAGAGGCGCGACUAGCGACUAGCAUGGCGGCGCAAGACCGAAACGAUGCUGAAAGACUCACUCUCGACGACACAUACGCUACCCUGAAGGCGUCUAACGAAGCCAUGAAAGCGGAUUUCGCAGCCGCACAGCGUUGUCACGCCGCUCCAGGAGAGUGUGAGCUCUGCGGUGGUGCGGAUAGCCAGGUUGACAGCGACGACGAGGAUGACUUGGACGAAGAGUUCACCUUACAUGACGCCACGGCCGUACCCUUCAUGCGGGUCACACCCGGUAUGGUCAAGCUUGUCGAUAUUCCGCCUAGGAGGAAGAAACCAGCUGUACCUCUGGCACCGCCUGCACCACCCACACGAGUCGCACCGGUUGCCCCACCUAAUCCACUGCCCCUGCUAGCCCUAUCUAGUCAGCUCAAGGCCCCCUUCAAACCUACCUACUACUUUCAACAUGACGAAAAGAUCAGUCCAUUCAACGAGCGCAGUGAGCAUGUGGAGCCUACCGUAAUGCAUGGCCCUCUUUCCGCUAGCGAGUUCAACCGCCUCGACAAGGACAAGAAAGUGAAGCUGCCGCGCGACGAGUCACGUCUUCUUGUCCAGGACUGGAUGUCUGACUACGACCAUACCAAACAACGCCCUCUUUCCGAACGUCUCGACCUCGAUGUACUUGCCGACCAGCAAAUCCCUCCUGCCCCAUUUCCCAAAGAAGAUCACGCUACACCUCCUCUUCCGCCCAGGUCAUCAUUCAAAGACCACUACUGUCUCAAGAACGGCCACAUCUUCCACCCUAUCAACCUCAAGACUGUACCCGACGAGGUCGCCAUUAACAGCCUGGAAGUCCGACCGUAUCUACACACCGCUGUUGGCUACAAACAGCAUGUUUCUGUCCCUGUUUUCUGCGACCGUUGCAACGAAGAUGUCAAAGAAGAGCUCUGGGAGUGCGACAUUCAUGUUUGCCGUAUGGGAGUCUGCAAGCAGUGCGCAGAGGAUAUGGAGCAUGAGUGGCAGGAACGUGUUGCUGAUGCUUGGACUCAUUAA